UUCAAAAGCGAUUUGCCCGACACCUGGGCUUUUUGUGCACGAUAUCUCCCAAAAACAAGACCAGACAACGAAGUCACAGACGCGAUAAUAAAAUCUCUACCAAGCGUACGAACUCUGUCCUUCCAGCAGGUGCCGGGCAUACACACGAGUGCUUGCCCGGAGCUGCCCGUAAACGCAACUACUCACACGACUCCACCUCAUCCUUCCCCCUCCGUCGUUGCUGCCCUCGUUGGGGCAGCUCACGGUCACCAUGACGAAUCCGUAUCAGCAGCAGCAUGGCUCGGCCGGCUUUACCGGAGGAGAGUCGCUGGGUUCGUCCGGGCUACCUCCCCUCAACAUGCGGCGGGCCUCAUAUGCAUCCGUCGUUUCCGGCGCCCCAUUGUCUGCCAUGACUCGCCCAGCCCGGGCCGGCUUCUCCCACAUCCUGAAUCCCUCUCCCGAUAGCGAGCCAUUGCAUCAUGGCAGUAACCUAUACUCGUCGUCCUUGAAUUCCCGGAUCGACGCCGGAAUGACGCGUACAGCACGGAACGGGGCUCACGGGGAAAAUAAUGCCACAGCACACAACAACGGCGGCGGUGACAGCACCGCCUGGGAUUCAAGGCGUCCGGGGACCAAUCUGCAGUGGUUCUCACGCGCCUUUGACCUCUACAUGAACAGGAACCCACUCUCCUCGACAGGGCCCAUGGGGCCGGACGACUUUGGCUUCGCCCCCACAGGCAAUCCCCACCACCCCGUAUCCAACAUCAACAGCACCGGCUUCCUGUCACCGUCAUACUUGCGGGGUUCGGUAUAUUUGAAGAAGCUCGAGGAGAGGCACAGGGCCAGGAUGCUCGCCGAGCGGGAGGGGCAAGCGGCCAAGGGACAGCAGGGGGUGGCGGCGUCGUCGGCCGUCUCAGGCUCGGCCUCGUCGUCACGGCUGGCGAGUAACGGGAGCUCCCACCUGCCCGCCGUGGCCAACAAGGUGUCGGGCGCUGGCUCGUACAGGGGCGUGGCAUACGACGUCGUCGAGAAAUCCCCGUACCCGCACGACGACGACACGGUCAGCCCGCUGCCGUCGAGGUGGAACAAGGACGACAAGGAGGGCGCGCUGGAGGUGCUGGGCGACGGGUACGAAGUUAAAUACACCGGGAGGGCGGGCAGUGACCACGAGGCCAGCGCCAUCCGCGCCGAUCACUACAUGUCGGCGUCGUGUGGAGUCUAUUACUUUGAGAUUGUGGUGCUGAAUAGGAAAAAGGAAGAUACGCCAAUUGGCAUAGGCUUCUCAAGUAAGGUGGCUUCGUUAUCACGAGCUCCCGGGUGGGAACCGGAGACGUGGGGCUACCAUGGCGACGACGGCCACUGUUUCGCUGCUCAGACGGUUGGGAAGGCGUACGGCCCGAGAUUCGGAACCGGGGAUACGGUGGGCUGCUUGGUCAACUUUCGGUUAGGACAGGCCAUGUUUACGUUGAACGGGAAGGAGCUGGGCGUUGCUUUUCGAGAUAUCAACUUCAAGGACGUGAAGACCAAGCUUUAUCCCGUCGUUGGCCUGAAGAAAAAAGACGAUCACAUCUGGGCGAACUUUGGGCAAGUGCCUUUUAUGUUUGAUAUUGAUGGUUAUAUGAAGAGACAACAAGCAAUGAUUGAGGAGGAGAUCCGGCAAGCCGAUACGUCCAAGCUCGUACCGGGCUUGUCAGAGACGGAACUCAUCCAGCAACUCGUCCUCCAGUUCUUGCAGCAUGAUGGCUAUGUCGAGACGGCUCGGGCAUUCGCAGAAGAGAUCCACGCCGAGAAAAUGGCGCUCCGGCUAAGCUCGGAUGAGCCCGUCAAAGACAUCAACAUCAAGGACGACGAGGACGCAAACAACAGGCAACGCAUCCGACAGGCAAUCCUUGAAGGCGACAUAGAGCGCGCCAUGCAGUACACCUACGCUCACUACCCCACCGUCCUUCGGGACAACGAGCAGGUCUACUUCCGCCUGCGUUGCCGGAAGUUCAUCGAGAUGAUUCGCAAGGAGGCCGAGCUCAACAUGCUUCUCGAAGAGCGCAAGAACGCAAAGAGGCGGAGCCGUGCAAACCUGCAGAGUGGAGAUGACGAGGAGAUGCUGGACGACACGGCUGCGGCUGCUGCAGCGGCUGUCAGCGAUCACUGGGAGGACGAGAUGGACGUCAACAUGGCGGCGCCAGCCGAGGAAGAAGAGGAUGAGGAUGAGGAAGAUGGCGUGACCCCGGCGUCGGUGAGCAAGCUGUCGCAGGAGGCGCUGAUGUUUGGCAUGGAACUGCGCGCCGAGUUUAAGAGCGACCCGCGCAGGGAGACGAGCAAGCAUCUGGACGAAAUCUUCUCGCUGAUUGCCUACCCUAAUCCUCUAAAGGUCAAGGAGGUCGCCCAUUUGCUUGGCAGCGAAGGGCGCGUGGCUGUGGCGGAGGAGCUGAACGCUGCUAUCUUAACCUCUCUCGGUAAAUCUUCGCGGGCCGCGCUGGAGAAUGUCUAUGCCCAGACGUGUGUCCUGCUCGAGGACUUGAGGAAGGACGGCGGUGACGGUGCCUUCAUCACGGUCGACAGUGUCAUUGAGAGCAUUCCCCCCGCGAUUUUGCCCUAGCGGCGGUAAGAUGAGGAGGGCAGAGGAGAGUAGGAGAAGGAGGAGAAGGAGGAAGAGGGCAUAGAUCCCACUUCCAAGGUUUACACGUUCCACUUUCCGCUUUCUACUGAUACUCGGUUACAUGCAUCAUAUA